AUGGAGAAACGAGAAAGAGAGAGAACACUGAAGCCCCAAGCACGUAAAUCUUGGCGUAAUAGAUCUUUUCUGUCAGCUGGCUGUUUUCUCGGAGGUAAACGAAAAAAGAAAGACGACUACGAAACCUACACCAGAGAGCGAAGACAAAUCUCAUUGGCACUGGAGAAAGAGCAUUACUAUCGAUACAUCAAUCACGCGCCUAGCCAUGCACCAUACAUAUCCUAUCAUAGUGAGAUACACAAAUUCCAGGAUUUUCUAUUGAUAUCAGCACAGCAUAUCUCACUAAAUAAUAUAGCGCUCAGUAACGCAACCACGUUUAUCUUUUGCUAUCGACAGGGUGCGCAAAGGCUGACAGACUGUACCACCAUUGCAUAG